AUGAAAGAAUUGGCAUGUGAAAGGGAAUGCAGUAGGGGUGAGGAUUAUCGCGUCAUCAAACUCACGAUCACAGAUUUCAAUACAAAGAAAGAGCAAGCCACUGUUGUGGAGUGCAAAGGCCAUGAUGCUGCACGGUUCCACAGCAUUGAUCAUAUUCAUGGUUGGGGUAAGGAUAUCACUGGUAUGGUUGAACAAAAGGAUGGGAAGAAAAGAAUCUCUGUUUCAUUCGAGUGUGAGACACUGAAAGCCGAUAAAGCAGCAGAAGACCACAUCAAGAAAUUCAUGCCAAAGUUAGCUGGGAUGGAUGCUGUUGUUAACAUAGGAAAGAUGAAAAUUUCUGGGUUGGAUUUUGGAGCAGAGGAAGAUGAAGAGACUGAGUAGAAAAAAAAUGAUAUUUUGUAACUAGUUUAUGUCCAUUAAGAGACUGAAAGAAAGAGUGAAAUGACAUGAUUUGAGCAAAUCAUGCAGAACAUUGUUUUGUAGAAAGGUAUGAAUGUGUGGUUUGCCUAAAAGUUCAUCCUUAAUUGAAGAAAAUAGGUUCUCCAUUCCCAG